AUGAAUCUUUUAAAUAUGACUCCAAUGAUUGUGGGUAUCAUUUAUAUUAUGGUUAUUUUAGGGGCAAAGGUCAUAUCAUGUAUGGAAAUUGAAGGGGUACAACUUAUAGGUCAUAAGAAGGCAAAUGGAGUUACUUCAUAUUUUAAUAUAAGAUAUGCUAGAGCAAGUCGUUUUCAACCUCCUCAGCUAUUAAAUAUUACUGAAGCUGUUUCUAUAGAUAGUGGAUAUACAACGAAAUUUCCUCAAGUAUAUGAUGUAUCUGAAAAUAGAGGUUCAUCUUGCCCUCAAAAUUGUGCUGAUAUUCAACAGACACUAAACGACACAUUCUUAUGUAAAGGAACUGAAGAACAAACACAAUCAGAAGCUUGUCUAACUUUAAAUAUAUUUACACAGAUGCCACCUUUAGAUAUGUUAAAUCAGGUUUCAAUAAUGGCAAAACAAGUAUCUGCGGCUGCUUCUGUAUCUAGUGCAAGUACACUUUCACAAAAUAGUAGUUUAUCUAGAUCAAUAACCUCACUUUUACAACAAAAUAAUUCAACUUUAAGACCAGUUUAUGUAUUUCUUCAUGGUGGUCUUUAUUUAUUUGGUUCAUCUAAUUCGGAUAUAAAUGUGGGGGACAAACUGGCUGAGUCAGGAGCUGUUAUUGUAACAGUUAAUUAUAGAUUAGGGAUAUUUGGAUGGUUAAAAUAUAAAAAUAUAGCUAGAGGUAAUAUGUCUUUUCUUGAUCAGAGAGUAGCUCUUCAAUGGGUGCAAAAGUAUAUUUCUUAUUUUGGAGGUAAUCCUGAUAAAGUAGUAUUAGCCGGACAUAGUGCAGGAGCAAAGGCUGUCUUGUGCCAUGCUACUAGUCCUGAAAGUACUCCUUAUUUUUCAGGAAUUAUUUUACAUUCUGGGGCUUUAACUCAACAUGAAAUAUCAGUUGAGGAAGCAGAGGCAAUGGGAGAGAUUGCUGAACAGGUUGCUAUAACAAAAUGCCCAGCUACUAUUCUAAGUUGUAAUACAGCUCAAUUAUUAGAAAUUCAAAAAGAAGUUAGAAGUCAACUAAUAAAAAAUGAUGUAUCUAAAUCUUUACAUUCAUGGUCACCUGUUAUAGAUGGAUAUAUAAUUCAAGAAUCUUGUUCUAAAAGAGCUAGGGAAGGAAAAAUACCAGAUGAUAUUUCCGUGGUUUUAAGUACUACUAAUAUGGAAGGAGUUCAGUUUUUUAGAUCAUUUACUUCAUAUCUCCCUUCAUUUUUCAGAAGUUUAGCUACAAGUUCAGUGGCUCUUCGUUACUUGUUAUCAAGAAUAUUUGGUUCUAGAGCAGGAGAUGCACUUAGAAUUUAUACUAAUCAAAGUGUUAGAACACUGAAUUUAGAUGAAGCUAUGUUCUCAAAUAUUACUGAAGAUAAUUCAACAGCUGAAGCUAAGGGAUUUCCUAGUCCAACUAGUUCAUCAAGUUCUGGUUUUAAUUUAUUUGGUAAUUCUAGAGAUGGGAGUUCAAGAGAUGAGAAAGUUACUAACAUUUUAGAAGACCCCGUAACAUUGGCAUAUAGUAGACUACUCGGGGACUUUAUAUACAGUUGUCCAGUUCGCUUAUUAUUGAAAAGAUUAUCACGAAAAAAUAACAAUAUUUAUGCUUAUUUUACAUCUGAAGGAUUUAAAUGGGCAGAAAAUUUGAAAAAGCCUUAUGAUGAUGUUAGUACAUCAUUUUUAUCUGGUAAGUUUGGAUGA